AUGCAGCCCAGCAUGCAGCCUCCGCCCGUUCGUGUGCUCUGCCUGCACGGCUACGCCUCUAACGGAGAGACCUUCCUCGCUACCAAGGCCAAGGCCCUUGUCCGGCGCCUCGCAGCUGAUCUUCCCAGUUUAGAGCUCUGUGGCCAUCGGACGGGCGACUUCACCGUUGCGGGUGCACGGCACGGAAAACAGCGCGCUUGGUUCCUCUUUGAGCCGCCGUAUCCGCUCACGGACCGCACUCAGCAGCCGGCCUGGCGCGCACACGAGCACGUGGAGUACGUGAGCGUCGACUCAGCGCUAGACCGACUGGCAGAUGAUUGGCGCAGUGGAGGCUUCGACGGCGUCCUCGGCUUCAGUCAAGGCGCGCCGCCAAGGGUCGCAAUCUUCUUCAACGGGUUCCUCACGCCGCUGCCUUCCAACCCGCCGCUCCGCUGGUGGCGCGACCUCGCUCCCUCCUCCCUCCGCACACCCACGCUCGUCGUGUGCGGCUCGGCCGACCCCGUCGACGCCGGAGGCCAGGCCGCGCGCCUCGCCGCGCUCUUCGCCACUUCGCGCGUGCACGUCGUGCCGAACGGUGCGCACGCGAUGCCGCGAGAGGAGGAGGACCUCGCCGCGAUCUCUACCUUUUGUCGCGCUGCGCUCUGCGGCCGCGCCGCGCUCGGGGGUGGCGAAUACCGCCAUGAAAAGGGGACCGCAACAAUCGCUCCGUCGCUCCUCGCGCUCGGCCACUGGAGUGACGGGCUCCGUCAACCGUUGAAGAUCGCGCUGCUGGACCCGCGGUGGCUGCCUUCGCCCACCGGCAGCGCCGGUGCGACGACAUGCCUGGCGGCGGUGCUGCGUGGCGUGUGGCUCUGCUCCACGAGCCCGGUUGAGUGUUCUGUAAUUGUGGUUGGGACUAAAGUCACUUGCGGGAGUUCGUACACCAAAAGGCACCGGCUGCAGGGCGUUCACUCGAACGCCAUGCACAUGGCGCGGAGCAGCAUCGGGUUGAUGAUUCGCGCCGUUGCAACUGCCAUCGUCGGCUGCUUGUCGGCUGCUGCACCGCUGGCGGCGCGUUUUAGUGCCGCGGCGCCCAGCUCUCCUGGGGACGCAGGGGUCACUCCCGACGACCUCGGGGACCAGCCGGGGCAGUCGGAGAAGGGGCAACUCCGUGCACUGACGAGAACCGCUGUCUUCGUGGAAGUCUCUCGCGAAGCAGAGGCCACCGCCAGCCACGCGAGGCCCCAACAGAGCGAGCGCGUCGGCAUUGGCGUCCGCGCUCCAGCUCUCAGUCUCCGUGCCACGCCGGCUGUGAGCAUGGGAGAGGCGGACGCCUCGCUGAUGGAGCUGGCGCGGCGGCGCGACUUUCAGAGCUUCGUGGCGCAGGCGCGCGACGAGCCUUCGAGCGUGCUCCAGCUCGUCAAGGAUGCGGGCGUUGCGGGCGCCAUCUCGUACACCGCCGUCGAGCUCACCUUCUUCGCCGUCGCGCUGCCCGUCGGGUACGUGGCGUGGCACGCGAGCACCGGCGAGUGGCUGCAACCGCUGCUGCUGCUGCGCGGCGAUGAUGUCGAGGGCAAGGCGCGCCUGCUGGGGCUGCUGCUCUCAUACGUCGUGCUGCUGAAGACGCUCUUCCCCGUGCGGCUCGGCAGCCACCCUCCUUGCCAGCGUCACGCUCUUGGGGGCGUGCUCCCGUUCGACGCGGCGCAGCAGCAGCGCUUCGACGCGGCGCUCGCGGAGCUGUCUGCGCUCAACCCGACGCCGGAGCCUGCUCGCUCGCCCUUGUUCUCGGGGACGUGGGAGUGCGUUCGCAUGCGUAGUGUGGUGGACUCGCCUCUUCUCGGGGUCGUGGGAGGGAGCACGCUCACGAACGUCAUCGAGUUCGAGGAGGGCGGUUUCCUGCGCGUCGGCUCGACCAUCUCCCCCGACGCCGAACGCGGCGAGCGGUUCUCCUUCUCCUUUGACUCGUGCGCGGUGCGGUGGCGCUCCCUCGAGCUGCCGCUGCCGCCGGUGGGCCGCGGCUGGGGCGAGCUGCUCUACCUCGACGACGAGUUACGCGUGCAGCGAGACGUGCGCGGCGACCUGCUCGUCGCGACGCGCGUCGGCUGA